UCUAGUUAUGAAAGCUGCUAUCUUGAGAGCGGGUUCGGUUCUCUCGUCGGCUCUUUCCGGUUCACCCAGAGUGUCUCUUUCCCGUCAAGGUUCGUUAGGUGGAGUUUUCUCCGGUGGCUCUCCGAUAGUAUCGUUGCAUUUCCCUAUGGAUAAAAGGAAGCCGAAGGAAACUCGAACGCAAUUAAGACGAGCUUUCUCCGAUACGGAUGUCAUCAGAUCGGAGCCUCGAGUUCCCGGUGGGUCUCGGUGUUUUACGGAGGGGAUACCGGGGGAGGAGUACGUUCCGAUUGUGAAGUGGACAGCGAGUUCCGAACGGGAAAUUCGGCGGUGAUCACGGCGAUGAUUCGUACGAGGAU